AUGGGUCAGCAGAUCUCAGGUCAGGGAGUUAUGAACCAGCUCCGUCAGAAGCUGGAGAAAUGUUUAGAAUUGGUUCGUGACAGUCGCUACCUAACUUACGAGGAGUUCCUGGGAAGACUGGCUGAACUUAAUGACAUUACUGCUGAGCAGCAGAACGACCUGCUGUUUGAGGUGCAGCCAGGAUCUGAUGCUACAGCCUUGUGGAAGGUGGCUGUCAGGGUUGUGUGUACCAAGAUCAGUAAGGAGAAUGGCAUGGUGGAAGCAUCGCAGAUCAUGAACCUGUAUCAGUUCAUCAAGCUGUAUCAUGACAUCACCAGCCAGGCAACUGAGGUGCCGUCUGCAAAGAGCCCCUCUACUGAGCUUCCCUCCACUGACUCCUGCCAGGCCAGAGUGGCCAGAGCCUAA